GGAGAGUGUCACAGUAAUGUUAGGUUGGCAUGGGUGGAACCGCCUCAGGUGAACUAUCUAUCUCUGAGUCACUGAGCUCCUGCCCAGCUCUUGUGAGGCAGCGACCGCUAUCAGAAACCAACAACUCAAUCGACAUAAUACUACACAGAAGAACCAGCCCUUUGGCAAACAACUGCAUCCACCUUUUCACUGUUCAAACACGGGCAGCACGGUAUUGCGUUUGAUCCGUAUCGCAGAAAACACAACAGCCAUCCGCCCUGUCAAUGCAUCCGAUACAGAUGACAAUAACAAAGUGUUACCCUGAGGAAUGAAUACAAUGUCUGCCCCAGACACGGUAUAGGUGCUAUCGCUUUCUGUUUUGCUCGCCGUUAUCGCGCCCUACUUUCUCAUUAUCGCCUUUCUUUUGAGGAGGGAAGGCGGUGGUGUUGGACGUGGUCUUACGCAACAGCGAGAAGCGGGGAUAAAUACGAGCUGCACUCGGGCCGGGAGACGAGAGCAAAGCAAGGAACUGGGAGAGCACACUGGAACCAGUCCGCUGAAGACCACACCGAGACCCAGACGAAGACCAGACCACGACCCACCUGAAGACUAAACUAAAAACACAUCCACCUCAAGGCCAGACCAAGGAGCCCGUGACCACAGCGACCCGAGGAGAAGACCCAACGGACGUCCGGCAGAGAACCAUGGAGCGCGCCUUCCUCCUCCUGGCGGUGGUCGUCGCCGGCGGCCUGUGCCAUGAAAACAACACGUCCUGGGGCCGCGGCGCCAGCCUGGCCGUCUGCCAGCCUGACAGCUGCGCCCUGAUCAGCGAGCUGUCCGCCCUGCGCGAGCGGAUGGACAGCGUGGUGCGCGUGCAGGACGACCUGCUGGACACCGUGCGCACGCUGGUGAAGGAGGCGGCCGCCAGCCAGGCCCAGCAGGGGGUCAGCAGCCGCGAGACGCUGGAGCUCCGCAAGCUGAACCAGGAGCAGGGCCAGGAGCUCAAGACCAUGCGGGCCAGCAUGCCGUCGGCGGCGCCCCGCGUGGCCUUCUCGGCGGCGCUGGGCGACUCGGUCGGCCCCUUCGACCACGACACCACGCUCAAGUACCAGCGCAUCCUCUCCAACAUGGGCAGCGGCUACAACCCGGCCACGGGCUCCUUCACCGCCACGGUGCGCGGCGUGUACUACUUCAGCUACACCAUGUACAACAACAACUCGGGCCAGCCUAGCUCGGUGGUGUCCAUGAUGAUGAACAGCCAGAGGAUGGUGUCCACCUGGGACACCGAGGGCGACGACAGCCACGACAGCGCCACCAACGCCGCCGUGGUGCAGCUGGAGGCCGGCGACAGCGUCUACAUCCUGCUGUACGCCAACCGCAUGCUCUACGACGACGGCUACUACUACAACACCUUCAGCGGCUUCUUGCUCUUCCCCAUGUGAGGCCCCGGCGGCCGUCUGGUGAGGUUUGAGGGCGGGGCCAGUGGGAUUGGCAGGACUUGAUGGUGAUUGGUUGAAAGCAGGGGUUGGCUGGAUUCGAUUGUUGUUUUGACAGAAAUAUAUAUUUUUAUAGAUUUGCAAAUGAUUAUUUUCCUGCCUCUUCCUGAUCCUUUAAUACAAAUAAAAUAAUAUCUAAUAUAUGACAUUACCACUGUGUGAUGGUUUGAGUUCUUUACAGAGAGAGAGAGAGACA